GUCCCAGCUCUGGUUCUGGGGCUACCACUCAUCCCCCCCCAAGAGGAACAUGGAGGUCUCCGUGGCUGCCCUCGCCGUCCUGCUCAUCGCAGCCUGCUGCUCCCAGGUCUCCGCCGCCCCAAUUGGCUCCGACCUGCCGACGGCUUGCUGCUUCUCCUACACGGCCCGGCAGAUGCCCCGCAGCUUCCUGAGGGACUAUUACAGCACGAGCAGCUUGUGCUCCCAGCCGGGCGUGGUACUCAUCACGAAGAAGGGCCGGGAAAUCUGCGCCAACCCCAGCGAGUCCUGGGUUCAAGAGUAUGUCAGCGACUUGGAGCUGAACUGAGCCGGGCCGGGCACCAAGCUGCCUCCUGCGGGCGUGUAAACCCUGCACGGGCACCAUGCCCUCCCCCAAGCCUGGACCCGUGUAACUGCCAUGUAAGGCCGGCUAUUUAUCUAGUGCCUGGAGCGAGCGGGGUGCCGCGGGGCCGACGCCCUGCACAGCGCGGGCGGGCAGACCGGUUAAUGUAUUUGCGCUUUCGCCCGGCUGAGCCGUGGCCGGGGCGGCGGGGACA